AAUUGCUUUGAUCCCAGCAUCUCCUCAAAACUCAAGCAUUGCAUCCCUCUUGAUUUGUAGUUUGUUUUGUGCUUUAGAUAAAAGUUCUGCCAAAUCAAGAGGGGUUUUAAGAUCAUAGUGUGUGUUUCGCAACAAUGGCUAAGUUCUUUGCUGCUAUGAUCUUGGCACUCUUUGCCAUUUCCAUACUUCAAACAGUGGUAAUGGCUGCUAAUGAACAAGGAGGCCACUUGUAUGACAACAAGAGCAAAUAUGGAAGUGGAAGUGUCAAGAGUUACCAAUGCCCAUCACAAUGCUCGAGGAGAUGUAGCCAGACCCAAUACCACAAGCCCUGCAUGUUUUUCUGUCAGAAGUGCUGCAGGCAAUGCCUGUGUGUGCCCCCGGGGUAUUAUGGUAAUAAAGCUGUGUGCCCUUGCUACAACAACUGGAAGACCAAGGAAGGAGGACCCAAGUGCCCUUGAGCUUCAACUUGUUCAACUUCAAUUGUCGCUUUCCUACAUUUUUAUUGCUUCCUUCCUUGUGCCAAUUUAAUGCACUAGCUACCAAAUGCUACUAGCCCCUUUUGGUGGCACUCUAUGAUAUUAUGUUUUUAUGUAUUUUGGUGUAUCACUCCUUGGGCCUUGUUUGCCUUUAAUGAGAGUGGCUUAUUAAUAUCAAUAUAUCACCUACCAAACUUAUUGCUAGCAUAUA